CAUGUAAAGUGAUCCGGACAAUGGGAUUUUUUUCUUUUUUUUUUUUAUUUACUAAUAAUUUAUAUUUGCAAUUUAUUCAGUUGUUGACCCUAUUUUAAUCUUAAGCAUUUUCUCCAGAGCUUCAUGUAGGCAUUGGACGUUUCUAUCUCGCUAAAGUUUGUUUACAGGCUGGAAAUCGAUGGCAGCCAGACUUGAUUGCCUUUGGGGGGGCCCCGCAUGUUCUGCUCCACGGGUGAAUUGAUUAAGUAAUAAUCACCCCGAGGAGGGCUGAUCAUUAGGCUGAGGAGGAGGUUCUGUUUACUGUGUUGGUGGCGGGUUUUGCUCGUGGUGUCACUUUUACAAGCGGAAAUGAUGUAUUCUUUUUUUUUCCUCAUCUAGCUUUAAAACAUUUCUGAUGACUAGAUUGGAUAUAUGAAAACAAAGCAUAUUUUUAAGCAUAUUGAGCCCGUUUGAACUCUCCGCGUGGUGAUUAUAAUGUUUUUGGGAGACUUUGAGCCAUGGAAGUGAUUUGAAUCGCCUUUUAAUGUCCCGGCAAUGGAUCAGCUUUGCCAAUUAAGGGGGAAGGCACAGUGAGAGGAGGAGGCGGGGUGGGGUGAGUGAAAAGAAAAAAAAGGUAAUGGAAGUAGGGCGAGAUAGGUCUAAUGGGGCUUUUAUCUGCGGAAACCAAAUCCAGACAGACCGGGGUGAGAGAUAGAGGAAAUGAAGCACACGCAGAAACCGGAUGACACCAGUUGGUCCAUGAUCUUGAUCCAAAUUCUCUUGUGGCUUUUGGUGUUAUGUCAUUAGGGAAAUGUAGCAGGUGAGGCAUUUUGAUGCACGGAUGGUCUUGUUGGCUUCUCGAGUAGUUGUCUAAGUUGCAGGCAUGAGAACCGGACCGGAUAGUUCAGGAUGGUACCCGGCUGUCGGUAAGCAUCUGGAGUUUCGACAAAGGCCGGAGUCACCUCAGCCGGACCCCCGCUUCGUCCUUAAACGCCGACAAGCCCUCGUCAGCCAUGGCUAACCUAACCAGCGCGCUUUGCAUCGAAAACGGACAAAACGUGGACGUGUCGCUUUUACAAAAGGAUAAUCUCCAGGACGGUGGAUUAAGCCAGCUUUUGGAUUAUAACGCCGAAAUGGAAAGGUACCGAUCUUUUGCCAACUUUUACAAAACCAACGGGGCGUUCCCACAAACGGCCAAGAUCGCCCGCAUCACGACGCCCAUUUUCCCCAGCGCCAGGAUUGGCAUGUCCCCUUGGAACUGCGAUAACGCCAUGCUUUGGGGGAGGAAAUCAGCGGCAAUAAACCCUAAUAGGACCGGCAUGCAUAGAAAUGACUCCCAGAGGCCGGGUAAGCCUGGCGUGCCGCCAGAGACGCUGCAAAUGGCAAAUAAUAAUUUCCUCUCUACCUUAUCCCCCGAACACUGCAGACCUUUAGCGGGAGAAUGCAUGAACAAGCUGAAAUGCGGCGGCGCCGAAGCAGAGAUAAUGAAUCUCCCCGAACGCGUUGGAACUUUUUCAGCUAUUCCGGCUUUAGGGGGCAUCUCAUUACCUCCCGGGGUCAUCGUCAUGACAGCCCUUCACUCCCCCGCAGCCUCGGCAGCCGUUACAGACAGUGCGUUUCAAAUUGCCAAUCUGGCAGACUGCCCACAGAAUAAUUCCUCGGCAUCCAGUGGAAACCCGGCAAAGAAGAAGAGGAAAAGGUGCGGGGUCUGCGCGCCCUGCAGGCGGCUAAUCAACUGCGGCGUCUGCAGCAGUUGUCGGAACCGCAAAACGGGCCACCAGAUCUGCAAGUUCAGGAAAUGCGAGGAGCUGAAGAAGAAGCCCGGCUCGUCGCUGGAGAGGACGCCGGUCACUAAUGGCGAAGCAUUCCGGUGGUUCUUCUAGACACGCCAGCCGCCGUCAUCCAUCAACCGACAGGAGGUCACGAUGGACCGUGGACCGUCUGCUCGGAGCACGUGACCCAAAGCGCCCCCAAAACGCACACACACAACACACACACACACACAGACACACACGGACCCGAGGGCGGAAUACAAAGCGGACAUACCUGACGGGACGGAGAAUUUGACAAAAACAUACUGGAUGUUGUUUCUUUUCGGUGUAAUUAUUGUACCUUUUGACAGUAUCAUAAUGUAUAUUUUUGGUGUCUUAUGAAUGUGUUUUCAGUGUUGGCGGCCGGGCGGGAAUGGACCGCCGCCGCCACCGAGUUCGUGUAAAGAAAGAACUGGAAAAAGGACAAUCUUUUUGGAACCACACAGAAGCCGUCCCGACGGGAGGACAUUUGGAUCGAUAAUAAACGCAACACACUUUACUCUGGAGCAAUAAUUAUUCAACCUUCUUUUUCUCCCCAUUUCGCUUUUUUCACUUCCCAGGAAACAUCCGGAAGCCAUUUCAGCACCAACUUUUUUUUUUUGUCUCGGUGAGGCAAGAAAGCCCCCCCGCCUUCCGUUUUUCUUUCGAUUUGUGAUGACACGCUGCAAUACAGGGCACAUUGUCUUGUGUGGUGGGUUGCACUUUAAAAAAAAAAAAAAAAAAAAACUUGAGCAUUUAUGUCAUUGGAGGGGAUCCUGAUGGAAGAGUUUGGAGGUGUAUUUUAAAAAAAAAAAAAUAGGAUGGAUGUCAGCGACGGUAUUGUCAUGAAACCCUUUCCUCUUUGACACCAAUGAAAGUACACUUAUACAUAUUGAACAUAUCAGGUGUUGUUCUGGAGCUGGGGGGGGCGGUGGGGGGUGAGGGGGGGUCGCUCCGUUAUCCCCCCCUUAAAAAUGAUCCCGUAAGGCUGGAUUCACACUGCUGGUCCAAGUGCACAAUUCCGAUUUCAAGUCGAUAAUCCUGAUUUUUUUUUUUUCUUUUUUUUUUUCCUUCAACUGACUUUUAUCCAAUAUGGCCUGAUGGGACAUGAAACAAGAUGCCCAAAUUGCAGGAAAAUAACUUUGCAAGGAUCAACAUAAGUAACCAAUAAUAUUUAACUGAAUUGAAUAUAUUCAGAUAGCAUAUUAGGAUUGUAUGCAAAAUGAAAUAAGGCAACUCAUCUUUGUAAGUUUCACCUGAGUUGUUAGUGAAGGUCUUUUUUUUUAAGCGUAAUGUCCGGUGAGUUGGCAAUAUUUUAUUAUAGUUUGUAAUAUGUUUCAGUUUUGAACCAUUGACAGUUUUAAAAAGGUGUGUUUCGAUGACGAGAGAUUUUAUAUCAAAUCUGUGCGUUCACACUGCACUCAAACCAGAUUGUCCCCGAUAUGCAUCAUCUGACCCCUCGCAGUUUUUAUUUUAUUUAUUUUUUAGCUAUCAUGAUGCAUUCUCGAAUUUUGCCACAAAUCGGAAUUGUCCCCCAUCGUGUGAAACCAGCCUCGGUUCCUCAUUGUCCCGAACCCUGUUGUUGCAUGUGCAGAUGUGUUUUUUCUGUUUUAAAAACGACUUCAGAAUUUGUAUAUUGUUGUUGUGAUGCUUUUAUGUGUUCUAAUAAAAUAACUUCAAGUACGUUA